AUGUCGAUCUACUUUCUAUAUACUUUAACCAUGUCAUCGGACGAGUAUUUAAAUAUUGAGAAUAACAUGGUUGUAGGUGAAUUAUUAAUGGAAUAUGAGGACAUUAUUGCAUUAAUUCAACAAACAGGAAUAGAUGAGCAACGGGAUGAAACCUUUAUUCCAGGAAUUUCUAUUACAGAUACCAUAAUGGGAUUUAUUAAAUUUUUUAGUAUACCCUCUAAGUGA